AUAUCAGUAAAGAUGUCAUCUGGCCAAUUUGUGUGAAAAUAGAGAAUAAUUCUCAUCCAAACCACCGGUCUCUGGAAAUAAGAAAAGCUCUGAGGGUCUCCAAAGUUACCAGAGGAAGGCUGAAUUUUAUGGUGAUUGAGAAUAUUUCCAAGCUUAUGAAGGAGAAGAAAAAUAUCAUUAGUCUUUUCCAGGUUAGAAAAGAGUAAAGCCUGUAACAAAAAAAGUGAUACAGAGGAUGGAAUGAUGAGACACUUGAAAUAAGCAAGGAAGGACCAGAAACUGGUAACGCUCACCCAUGGAAUUUCAUUAUGAAGCCGUGGCAAGGGCCAAGCUGACCUGGAUUUGAAACCCAUCUCUUCAACAAUGUAGAUUUUGACAACAUAUUUGAUUUCUCUGAGCCUCUGUUUGUUAUCUGCAAAAAAGGGAGAUAUGAAUGAUUAUGUUAUUAGAUUGUCAUGAACAUUAAAUAUGAUAAUGUCAAAUCAUUCAGCCAAGUUUCUAGCAUAUAGUACAGGUUCAAAUAUUAUCUUUCUUUCCCACCAACCUCUUUUCCAGGAAAAUGCAAAGCUACUCUUUAGCCAAAUUCUAAAAUAGGGGAUAUUUAUUUUGGGAAUCAUUAAUACCCAUCUUCCCCUUUUUUGGUCCAUUGGACAUAUUGAAAUGAAUGCUUAAUACUUAUCACUUCAUGGUGUACACAUUGUUUUGUUUCUUGCAGCCAGAAUCUGGUCCUCAACUCUAACCAAAGUAAGGGAAACUGGAAAGACACAUGCUUUUUCAGUCAUUAAUAGAAAGUUGUCCAGAGACCCGGCGAGUGAAUCUACCCAGAGCUGAAGCUUCCUUUGCAACUUGGGAACACCAGGGCCACAGUGACUGUGGCUUGGCUUUAGAUAAAUUUGACCAUGGCUGUAGAACCCAGCAGCUCAGAAUCCAUUAAAAGGAGAGUUGGGAGGAGGCUCCUGCCAUAUGCCAGACACUUUUGUAGACACAAGAGGAUACACAGAUGAGCAACACCUUUACCAUUUUUGGUGACAGUUAAGCACCCAUCUAAAAAGUUGUCUUUAGUGUGUGCCAAAAAGUGUAACUCUCAUUCCCCCCACACCCCCGCCGCGAUAUGACCGCUCCACCCUAGAGUAGAGAUGGAGACCAAGCACUUGAAGAUCUAAAUCAAGUGUCCCCAGGAGCCCAGUUGAGCGACAAAGCUGAGCAGAAAGCCCAGACUGUGGGCGCGGCAGGAUCACGGAGAGCGCCGCGGCCAAGGCCUGGGCGGGGCCCUGAGCUCGGGUUCCCGGGGCAAUGUUUUGUCUCCGCCAGCAAGCCCCAGGGGGCGCUCGCGCAGAGGUUUCGGAACUAGUCUCUUGCCGGGUUGCUGGGUGCAUGGGUUUCGUCAGAAGGUGGAAAUCUCUCUGUGAGAAGCUGCCAUCUCCCCGCCACCCGCUCAUCCCCAUCUCUUUCUGCCAUCCUCCUUUCCUUCCUCCCUCGCUCCACUCCACUCCCUCCCUCUUUCUUCAGUACCCUCCUCUUUACUCUCUGAGUUAACUGAGAGCCGACCUGCCACCUCCAACAUUUUCACCCUCUUCCCCCACCCCCAUCACCGAGAAUGGAGUCAGGGUUUCCGGAGAGACCAAACUCUGCUCUCAGCACCUUUCCCAGCCGCUGCUGCUAAACUGACCUCGGAGAACGAGAGGGGAAGGAGGUGCGACGCCCCUUACACCACUACGUAACUACACCACCAACCACCUCCACUUCAAAGUCGGAUUUUGCAUCCUGGGGGCGGGACAGACCUGGUCCCGGACUGAAUUCUCUCUCCACUCUUCGAGGUUGGCACACCCAGAAUGAAGAAGAUGAGCAACAUUUAUGAGUCUGCUGCCAACACACUGGGAAUCUUUAACAGCCCCUGCCUGACCAAAGUUGAGCUGCGUGUGGCGUGCAAAGGCAUUUCUGACAGAGAUGCCCUCUCCAAACCAGACCCCUGUGUCAUCCUCAAGAUGCAGUCUCACGGGCAGUGGUUUGAGGUUGACAGGACUGAAGUGAUUCGCACCUGCAUAAACCCAGUGUACUCAAAACUGUUUACUGUGGACUUUUACUUUGAGGAGGUUCAGCGCCUGCGGUUUGAAGUCCAUGACAUAAGCAGCAACCACAAUGGACUGAAGGAGGCCGAUUUCCUUGGUGGCAUGGAGUGCACACUUGGCCAGAUUGUUUCCCAGAGAAAGCUAUCGAAAUCCUUGCUGAAGCAUGGGAACACAGCAGGGAAAUCGUCUAUCACGGUGAUUGCUGAAGAAUUAUCUGGCAAUGACGACUACGUUGAGCUUGCAUUCAAUGCACGGAAAUUGGAUGACAAGGAUUUCUUCAGUAAAUCUGACCCAUUUCUGGAAAUUUUUCGUAUGAAUGAUGAUGCAACUCAGCAGUUGGUGCACCGAACUGAGGUUGUGAUGAAUAACUUAAGCCCAGCCUGGAAAUCAUUCAAAGUAUCCGUAAAUUCUCUAUGCAGCGGAGACCCAGACCGCCGGCUGAAGUGCAUAGUAUGGGACUGGGACUCCAAUGGCAAGCAUGACUUCAUUGGAGAAUUCACCUCGACAUUCAAGGAGAUGAGAGGAGCAAUGGAAGGGAAACAGGUGCAGUGGGAGUGUAUCAAUCCCAAGUACAAAGCCAAGAAGAAGAAUUACAAGAACUCAGGCACCGUGAUUCUGAAUCUGUGCAAGAUUCACAAGAUGCACUCUUUCUUGGACUACAUCAUGGGUGGCUGCCAAAUCCAGUUUACAGUAGCUAUAGAUUUCACUGCCUCAAAUGGAGACCCCAGGAACAGCUGUUCCUUGCACUAUAUCCACCCUUACCAACCCAAUGAGUAUCUGAAAGCUUUGGUAGCUGUCGGGGAGAUUUGCCAAGACUAUGACAGUGACAAAAUGUUCCCUGCCUUUGGGUUUGGUGCCAGGAUACCUCCAGAGUACACGGUCUCUCAUGACUUUGCAAUCAACUUUAAUGAAGACAAUCCGGAAUGUGCAGGAAUUCAAGGAGUUGUGGAAGCCUAUCAGAGCUGUCUUCCUAAGCUCCAACUUUACGGUCCCACCAACAUUGCCCCCAUCAUCCAGAAGGUUGCCAAGUCAGCAUCAGAGGAAACUAACACCAAGGAGGCAUCGCAAUACUUCAUCCUGCUGAUCCUGACAGACGGUGUCAUCACAGACAUGGCCGACACCCGGGAGGCCAUUGUUCAUGCGUCCCACCUCCCCAUGUCAGUCAUCAUCGUGGGAGUAGGGAAUGCUGACUUCAGUGACAUGCAGAUGCUGGAUGGUGACGAUGGGAUUCUGAGGUCACCCAAGGGAGAGCCUGUUCUUCGAGACAUCGUCCAGUUCGUGCCCUUCAGGAACUUCAAACACGCAUCUCCAGCUGCCCUGGCAAAGAGCGUGUUGGCUGAAGUCCCAAACCAAGUUGUGGACUAUUACAAUGGCAAAGGAAUUAAACCAAAAUGUUCAUCAGAAAUGUAUGAAUCUUCCAGAACACUAGCACCAUGAACUCCCCACACAGUUUUACAGAGUUCUGAAAUACUACUCCUGCUAAUAUUUCAUAUUUAAUACUUCUACUACUCCUGUACUUUAAAAAAACAACACAUACACAUUUAAAAAUAGCACGUUUUGGUGAUUUUUAACUAUCUGAUGAUUUUUUUUUUUUUUUUUGCAUGUGUAGCCCUGAGGCCUGGAUCUGUUAAACCCUUGUAUUGUUAACUUUUUACAAAGAAAUACAGAUAAUAAUAACUUACUAUUUACAUUACAGCAUGUCGCCUUGAAAUAAAAUGGUAUCUGUAUCCGUUUUUUAUACAGGUUUGUUGAACUUUUGCUAAAUUUCUUAUCUUUACACUCUAAAGCAUUUUGAAACAUUUAUUGAACGUUGAUAGCCAAAAUAUACUUGGUUUUAUCUGCUAUAGGAUGAGAGACUUUUUAAAAUGGCAGAUGCAUGGACUGUAUUUUGCAUGUUUAAAAUAAA